AUGGUAGAGAAGGUGCCACCGGCCAAGGAGGUGGUGCUGGCGCAACAGUUCGUGGCCUCGCAGCUGGCAGUCCCAGAGUUCGCGGAGGACGACGUCCCUGAGCUUCCGAGGAGCCCACCUCCUGAGUCUCUGGAGCGGGAUUCUGAAGUGGAGGCCGAGGCGGCCAAGUCCAUGAGCAUCGUCUCAUCCCAUACGGCCGCCGACUUCACUCUACUGGUGUUAGGCUACCCCUCCACGUCUGAGGAGAUCGAGGACCUGGAAGCUUCCUACUACGGGCUGUCCCGGGGCCGCCUGUCGCCCGGACGUUUGUCCUUGGCCGUUUCGGAUGCGGUGCCGGGCCAAUUGACCGGGUUGCAAGGUGCGGCUUUGCAGCUUUGGCGUCCAACCUUGCCCCCGACAUGUAUGGCACGUGGUGCGGCGUCAGGAGAUACGAAGACCGAUGAGCCCGACGACACUGGCGGAACCUGGCGAGUCACGCGAACCCAGGGAGCUCCUGAAGUGCUGCAAGAUCUGCGAAGUCGCAUCGUCGGCGCCGAGGAUGGCAGCCCGUUCUUGUCCGCUGUGAUCACGGAGUUGCCUGGCUGCCACCUGUGGGCCGCCCCCAGCGACCCCGAGGAGGAGGCGGCGCCGAGCUUUGAGGACCAGGAGGACGAGGGCACCCCUCCGAUGCCGACAGAUCUGUACGAGUGCUUGGCUGCGUCCGUAGACUCCUCGCACCACGACGUGCCCUUCUUGCUCUACUGCCUCUGCGAGCAGGUGAACCACUCCCUUCGCGGAGACGCGCCGGAGGUUGUGGCCGGGAAGAAGAAGCGCUCCCCGCAGCAGGUGCAGGACGCAGCCAAAAAGGACUUUAAGGAGAUGAACGCCUUCCUGGAUCAGGCCAGUGACAUCCUCCUCCUGGGCAAAGAUGCCCCAAAGGACGAGGAUGAAGAGGUGCAGCCGGAGGGAAGCCUCAUCGACAUGAUGGAGAAGGAGGAGGCGGCCGCCCAAGGCAAGGUCGAGGAACAGCCCUACAUCCCCGGGAUGGGUCCUCCCCCGGGUGUGGGCUCCGUGCCCAGCGACACGGGAGACGAGUACGUGAUCCCGUACUACGAUCGGGUGAGCUGCAGACAUGCUGGAGAUCGGCUCGCCGGGGGCAAGUCGGUGAUGUUGGAGCUGCUGAGUUUGAGAUGA